UUUGACUACCUAAAGGCGGCAAAACGUGCUUCAAAAAAACUGUUCACCUGACAACUCUCCUCCGUGUACAAAACGAGCACACUGAAGCAGUAAAGCGUUAUUAUCUUGAAUAAAACAAUAAAUUAAGGAAUAAAAUAAAAUAGAUUUUUUUUCCUAUUAGGAGUAACUUUCCGUAUCACAAUAGGCCUUUUUUUAAAAUCAAAGCGCGAAGUGAAAAAUGUUGGAACUUACCUGGACGAUUCUCCUAUCUGUGGGUCUGAUACAUCAAACUUCCGGAUCGGACUAUCUAGCCGAACUUUUGAAAAAGCAUCCAACCUGGUCGUUUGAAUUGGAGAAUGUUGAAAGUUUCAUUCAGAGGACACUGGCCUAUCUCGGUAGUUCAGAUGUUGAUACGGAGGACAUGCUCCGAGCCAGGGUAAGUGAAUCUAUUCCUCUUGACAUGGACCAUAUACCCAGGAAAAUCGACGACCCGAAAUGGGUGAGCCCGCAAGAGCUUCCGGACAGGUACGACGCCAGGCAGAAGUGGAAAAGUUGUUCAAAUCUAUUGCGCGACGUACAAGACGAGGGAGUUUGCCAUACUGACUCGCCUGGAAUCGUAUCUUCCGUCAUGGCUGACAGGUACUGCAUAUUCACGAAUGGAUCUUUUAAAGAGGUCUUGUCUCAAGAGAUGCUUGUCGGUUGCGCCGAAUAUUGCACACAAGGAUCAAGACUAGCACAGUCGUGGAGAUACGCUACGAGCGAAGGAAUUCCAACUGGUGGCGGAUUCAACUCUCGAAAGGGUUGUUUACCCUACGACCAUCCACCAUGCAGGCACACCAAUGGCAGCUACGUGCACAGCCCAGUCGAGGGUGGAAGGCGCCUGAAACCAUGCGACGAGAGUUUCCCGUACGAUCACGACUGCCCCAAGCAGUGUACUAACCGCAAGUAUUCAAAAUCUCUGGAUGCCGAUCGUGUCAAGCUUGAGACUUGGUAUAUGCUUUCGAGGGACGAAUCUGAUAUCAGGCGUGAUAUAUUUGCAUACGGACCUGUGGCUACAUUCAUUAUCUUCACCGACCAGCUUUUUGACAAACCUGAUGGAAUGUAUCAGCAGAAAGAGGGAAGACGAAGAAUUAGUACAUUCAAAUGCUUGAAGCUCAUUGGCUGGGGUGAAGAGAGUAAUGUCAAAUUUUGGCUGGCUGUUAAUAGCUGGGAUAGUUGGGGAAAUAAGGUGUUUAAAAUCCCCAGAGGUUCCAAUUAUGACCUUGUUGAAUCUCUUCCAACGACUGGAAUAUAUUUUAAGUAGGUAAUUUCUCUGUGGGAUUGCUCAUCCGUGCAAAUCUGGCACGAGAAAGGAGCGGAGAGAGUAGGGGAAACCGGGUUGUGACAUGAUUAUCGUGACAUACCACUCUAAUGAUUUUAUAAUAUAGAAUUAUAGAAUGUGAUAAUACACUUUUAUUAUAUCAGUCAACC